GAGGCGCGACCGCCUGGAGGGCGGGGGGUACGAAAGAGGAACGCGAAGGGCGCCGGGGCCCGGGACCAGGGAUCUGCGGCUUCUUAGCAACCCCACCCUGCCCCCUGAGCACUGGGCGACAGGCUCUGGAUGUCUGCAGCUCCCAUCCCAGAAGGCCAGACCCUGCGCUCUGGGACAUGGAGCUCCAGCGCGCUGUCCUUCUGGCGGGUCUCCUGGUGGAAGUUGCCAGCAAAUCCUCAGAAAGUGUGGGCCAGCAGCCUGAAUGUUGUGUGGACGUGGUGGAUGUCAACACCACCUGCCAGAGCACAAGCCCGUGUGGCCCAGGCUGCUACAGGCACCGGAACGAAGACGGCAGUAUCAGCUGCGUCCGAUGCAGAAACGGCACCUACCACGGCUCCGAAUGCAGAGGCCGCACGUCGCUGCCCGGCCGCCCCGCGGCACCCCCCACCGGGCCCGCCUGGCCUGCUUCCCGCCGAGGGGCCUCAUCUCCAAGUUCUGGAGGAACGGCCGCUGGCUGGGGCACGCACUUCCCGGUGAACAGGAGCACGGGGACACCGGGGCGGCCUGAUUUCGGGGGCCCUCAAGUGGCAGCCUCUCUCUUCCUGGGGACAUUCUUCAUCAGCUCUGGCCUCAUCCUCUCCGUGGCUGGGUUCUUCUAUCUGAAGCGAACCAGUAAACUCCCCAAGGUCUUCUACGGGAGAAACAAAGCCCCUGCCCUGCAGCCUGGCGAAGCUGUAAGUAACCAGAAGGAUGGGCUGAGUGCCCCCGUGUCGUGGGCCUCUGUGCUGGGGGCCACCUGCACUUCUCACUGUGCCUUUUCUCCUUUUCAAGGCUGCUAUGAUUCCCCCGCCACAGUCCUCAGUGCGGAAGCCGCGCUAUGUCAGACGGGAGCGGCCUUUGGACAGGGACACAGGCCCCACUGCCAUCUCCUCGGUGGAGGCCCGGGUCAGCAACGUCUGACCCGGGGACCCGCCCACAACUCUGCACACCGCCUCGGAGAGAGCCCAGCACACAGAGGGCAGGUCUGGACACGGCCCCUGGCUCAGCUUGACCGUCUCCCAGCGACAGAUGCUCAGUUGGAACCCGCCCAGCUGCUGGAAGGUGCUUCUUCCCACCCCACAGCUGCUCAGUGUAACGGAGGGGGAGGCGCCCCUGAGGCGGGCUCCAGAGCGUGGCCGUGUGGGGUCUGGGCCCCUCAGGAGAGACAAGGACUGCUGGGCUUCUCCGUGCUUGGCAAAGCUGGGAGCUCGGCCAACCCGCCUAUCAGAGCCCACAGCGGGCAGACAUCCCCCGCACCACCAGGCCAGUCGGCCUCCCGGCCUCCCCGCCCGGACGGUGUCCGGACCAGGGGAGGUGGGGCAUGAGAACUGGCCCCUCCAAGGCUGAGGCGCCUACAGGGCCGUCCUGUAGCCAAGAGCCCCGCCCCCUCACCCCGAGCCCCCAAACCACAGAUUUCCAGGAGCUGCAGAGGCGAGUUUCUUGGUUUGCUACUGACUUCUGUCAGUUUGAAGCAGCAAAGGCGGAGGGGCCCUGCUGUCCGCUCUGUCGCCCGCUCAUCACCUGCUCCCCACACGGGGCCCGCGUGCUGCAGGGACGUGUCCACCCAGGGUCACAUUUACCUGUGACUGCUGCCUGGGUAGCCUGGUCUGGAUGGACCUGUGGCGGGCCGUGCUGUCCCUGGCUGCUUGCACACAGAAAGGGGUUCCCGAGGAGAAAGGAGCGAUUGUGGCUACCUCCCACGCACCGGGCUCGGCCCUGUCCUUCCCAGAUUCUCAGUCGAGAAUGAUGGCUCCUCCAGCACCUGGUCCACAUCCCAGGGUCCCGAGGCAGGGCCUGUGUGCUCAGCUGCUGUGCCCUUCUGCACCGUGACACGUGGCCCACGCGUCUACAGUUUAUGGGUACGAGCUCGUUCGAGACUUGAACCCGUGACGGGCCCAGCACUGAGCGGGGCGCAGCAGCUCAAAAUCAGUGUCAAUAAACUAUUCAGGGCUUUCCCCAUC